AUGAGUCCCGCCAUUUGUGCGGCGGGCGGCAUGAGCGCAGCUCUAGGCUCUUCGCCUUCUUCAGGAUGGAACUUGGGCGUACAGCGUCGAGACCGCAAACUAUGGACUGCCACGGCCGAGAGACUGGAGGCCGACGUGGCUGUGCUGCAGCUCACGCUCGUGGAGCUGGAUGAGAUGCUCAAGCAGCUCAUGGGCGUUGCAUUGCCCAACCCGCGCAUCCGAGGCGAUGAGAUUGCCGCGCUGAUCACGGCGUUGGCUCAGAUUCUGCCUUUAAGCUCGGGUCUGCUGUGCUCGGAGUUCACACGUUUCGUGCAGAAGUGCUGCAGCAGGGAGAGAGUGCUGUUCUCCGGCAACCAGUUGCGUGUGGUCAUGACGUUCUUUCUAAAGUUCAUCAAGACGUGUCCGAGCUGGUACACGGCCAACUCGAUCCGUGCGCUGGGCCAAGUGCUGCACGAUAACGCCGACCGGGCCAGCAACGAGUUUGAGCUGCUGUUUGCGGUAUUAAUGAAGCACUUGGACCCGUCGGGCGUGGACAUUGAAGCGCGCUACGCUGCCACGAGCUGCGUGUCGAACAUUUGCACGCAGGCAGGGAAGACACCCGAGGUGUACCACUACUUUUCGUCGUUAUUGCGGAUGGUGGUGGAGAACUUUCGGCAGCAAGCGCUCAGUCUGACGAAAGGUCAGAAGGACCGCAUCCUGGUGAAAGCCUGUACUUCCAGCAUGAAGUGCAUCUUUACUAUAAUCAACUCGAACUUCGACCGCCUCCAUGAUCGCAUUGCCGCGACGCUGCCCAGUCUGCUCAGUUCCAUGCGCCAAGUUGUGGGCUAUGGACUAGUACUCAAGUGCGACCAGAAUGACGUCGUGUUCUCGUUUCAAGAAGAGCUGCACCCUACCGACAGCGAUACGUCAGUCUGCGGCUCGGAUAGUAGCACUGGGGGACGUCAAGUCGGAGACGGUUUACUGGCACGUCUGCGUAUUACUGUGCUGUAUACGCUGGAAGCAAUUGCUCAGCACUUUCCGAAAGCCAUUACGUCUUCGAUGGGGCUAUAUCUGCCAGAGCAGACUACGCCUUACAUGACCCUGUUCAACAAUACCCCAUCAGUACUCACGCUGCUCAUCGCAGACCCAAGCGAGAAGGCUCGGAUGACCGCAGCAAAGUUCCUGGACGCGUUCUGGGAGAAGAUUCCUUUGAAAAUGUACUUCCGACGCCCAUCCAAUGCUGGUGCGACGGCCGCGGUGUCCACGUCGGCGAUGUCGUUUGCAUCGAUGCCUAAACGCAUCUCUUUGAUGCUGUACCAGAUGCACGUCACCCUGGUGUAUUGUAUCCAGCAUGAAAAAGAGUCGUCACCACUGGCACAGAUCCUGAAGAGUACGGCGUCAGUGAUCCAGCACUUCCCGUAUGGAAAUGUGGCUGCAGUCCUUGAACAGAUGGAGCUUAAGCCAAGCCUGGGGGAUGUCUUGAAGGCUCUUGCGUCAAGUUUGUACAUCGCAGCAGCGUCAACAGACCACGGUGUGCGGAUGGCCAGUUUGUCGUGUAUGUCAGCGCUACUUAGUGUCCAGGAGACGCUUCCUUCCAUUUUGGACUGGAUGAUUCACACCAGUGACACUGAUGAAGUGAUCCGGGUGGCACAUGUGUCUAUUGCAUGUGGUACGUGGCUCCUGCGCCGUCGGUCGUUCGUGGAGGAGCUCUUGCUGAUGGCGUCCCGACCCGACGAUUCUUCACGCACAUUGCUGCGCUUGGAGGCGAUGUCACUGUUGUCCAAGGUUGCCAAGAACUACUCGCCAGCAUUAAGUGCGAACUGGCAAAGGCUUGCGGACUUUAUGUUGGCAGCUUUCCAAGAUAUGGACCCAAACGUUCGCCUUCAAGCGGUGAAGAUAUUGGAAAACUACAUCAAAGGAGAGAAUGGAAGCUCCGAGGGUGUAGUGCUGGGUAGUCCAACCGCUCAACCAACGUGUCGCGUGGACUGCUUGGAGUUUAUGGCGACUCAUUUAGUGCGAGCGUUCUACGACACGUCGCACCAUGUCCGUGCCAGUGUCUGUGCCUGUUUCACACUUUUAUCUGCUCAAGAUUGGGCCUGGCUAGGUGAAAAGAAGCCGUCUCGACGCCUUCCAGUGCUGGCAGCUAAGAGUGGUGGCUACAAUGGGAGCGGCCCGAACGCGUCGUGUCUGGACUCGUACACUCGCAUCUUCCUACAGACCCCGAAAGACAGUUCCCCGGUCGUUCGCGCUGCUGGUUUCCGAUUGUUGGGGUCGCUGUGUCUUGCGCCAACGUUUAAGACUCGUGCGUUUGCGAGUAGUGUGGUGACUCUGGCGUUGGAUGCUCUGGGAGAUUCUACCUUGAACGUGCGUGUCCGAGCUGCCUGGGCGUUAGGCAACGUCUGCACUACACCUGGUCCCGAGUCGAUUGGUGAGACUGAUGCUCCCCCACUACCGCCGCCGGCACCGCCGUCCUCGUUCGUUGCUAAGAAAGAGACGGCAAUGUCGUAUCCGCCGCUACCUCCACAAGUUCUGUAUGAACUACUGCCAGCUUAUCAGUUACGAUUGGUGAUCGAGAAGAUGCUGGUGUACAUUAACGACAAUGACAAGGUGGCAUCCAGCGUUGCGCGGACGUUGGGACUUGUGUGUCGUUGGAUUAGCUUUCCGCCAUUCUGGCGCUCUCUCAGCACACCGAAGGACCGAGCAUGGCUGGAUGAUCUUCUGGGGCAAGCGAUGGUUGUGCUUGCUGGAAAGAUCAAUGCCGGCUCGCCAAAGGUCCGAUGGAAUGCCUGCCACGCCAUUGCCAAAGUGCUGCUGUGCCCCAAUCUGCCACUUGCGUCGGUGACGUGGGCGCCGUCUGUCUUCCAGGCAUUGCUGACUGCAGUCGCGCAACAGGAGAACUUCAAGGUGCGCAUCAGUGCUGCCACGGCGCUGCGAGUAUCGCAAACGCGUAGUGCGUUUGGCUCUUUCUUUCAAUCGGCGCUUCGAGCCACAGUGGAUGCGUUGGAGACGGCGUCGGAUCUGAAGGACGUGACCGAGUUUCGCUACAAGGAGCAGCUGGAAACUCAGUUGUCCUUCACGUUGGUGCAUCUCAUCCAUGUUGCUACCGAGGAAGACGAUCCGAUAAUAUUGGAGGCGUUGAAGGCCAAGCCUCGUGGAUUCUUGUACGACUGGCUGCUGCAUAACCUCCAUCGCAUGGUCGCGGCGAUCGAGCGAGAGAGCGAAUGUGUCGCUGGUGCCAGUACGGUCGGUGAUGCUACGGAGGACAGCCGUGCAGGAGGAACUGGCGACGCGCACGACGUGAAUCCCAUCAAGAAAGAGGAACUGCUAUCGGCCGUGCGCUCGUUGCUGCGCAUUUUGGAGCGCCUUAACACGGACAAGGCGUACGCGACCAGCUGCGUUUCGCUCCUGUACGACACGAAGAUCGGACUGGAGCACGAUGUACUAUAUUCCAACGAGGAUAUCCCUUUUGAGCUUUGA